UGAUUGAUUUACGAACUCAAGGCUGUUUUGAACUCAACAUAACGAUGAAAAAUCGCGAAAAGUCCUGAAUUCGCCCAUAGGAACGUCUGCUUAUUGCAAUGUCCAUGACGAUGUUGAUCUUUCUGGGUUGGUUUGGAUUGUGUUUCAAUGGCGUGAUAGCCGGAGCGUAUGUAUCGGAAAAGGAGCUAGUAACUGAAACGGAGACCUUACAUAAACUACUGGAUGAAUAUGAUAUUCGCACUAGACCUGAAGUGCAAAAGAAACCUGUCAAAGUUGAAGUAACAGGACAGAUUCAACAAUUCAAGGAUAUCAAAGAAUCAACUAUGGAAUAUACGUCCAGUGUUUUUCUUAUUCAAACUUGGAAAGAUCCAAGACUGAAACAUGACUUUGCGGGAACUCUGUCAUUGAACGGAGAGGAAGUCACUAAAAGAAUAUGGACACCUGACACAUACGUCCCAAACUCUAACCAAUUCAUAUUGAAUGGUAAAAAUCAGUUAGCUGUCAUUUCAAAAAAUGGAACAGUCUAUUACAGUGCAAGAAUAAGAAUUGUGGCUGCGUGUCAAAUGUAUCUACAAAAUUUCCCCAUGGAUGUUCAAGAAUGUGAAUUGAGAAUUGAAAGUUAUGCCUAUCCCGUCGAACACAUGCAACUGGAGUGGAAUAAAACAAAGCAACCAAUUAUAGUGAUAAAUACACAAAUGGCUGAAUUUGAAAUUGCUGAUAUUACCUGCACCAGUGAGAAUGUCACGUAUAACGCAGGAAAGUACACUCGCUUGAGGGCGAAGUUUACGUUUCAACGUCGGAUGGGUUUUUACCUUAUUCAAGUUUAUCUUCCAACUUUAAUCAUUACAAUGCUCAGCUGGUUAUCCUUAUUUAUCGAUCCAAGACACAUUGGAGACAGGGUGUCCUUAGGGAUCACAACGAUUCUUACGAUAGUUUUCUUACUCGGUACCAACAAUUCCUCCAUGCCUCGCGUGAGUUAUGCCAAAGCUAUAGACUGGUAUCUAAUCACAAGUUUUAUGUUCGUGUUUGCAACAUUGGUCGAGUCCCUUAUCGUUUUCAAAUUUUCUGGUUAUGAUGAUAUGCUAAAAGAGCAUGAGGAAAAAAAAGCUAAAGCAGCAGAAGGAUACAAACCCAACAAUAUAAUGAGGGAGGACUCGAUGAAGCAAGAGGCAACAUCUCCUUGUUUAGUCGACGAAAAUGGCGAAACACGACGUGCAGGAUAUGCAUACAACGACUUUGACCGUCGUAGCCGCGGUUCAAUUGCUCUUCCAAAGUGCUUUGCAAGAGCUGCACUCUAUAACUCCAAGUGCGAGUUUUCUGUUAGCCAGAUGAUUGAUCGUGUUUGCCGCAUUUUAUUUCCGGCCUUGUUCUUAUUCAUGAAUAUCAUGUAUUGGGGUCUUUUGGCAACACAUUAGGUUACAACCUUUAUGAAGAAUGACCUAUAACUAUUACUUUAUCUUGUAAAGUAAGCUUUUGGGAUUACCAUAGCUCUUCUUUAGUUUCCAGGGAACAUUAUAA